CUGGUUUACUGAUAAUGACAAGAUAAAGUUAACUUUUGUAAGAUAUCACAUGCAAGCUAGUAACCAAUCUGGGGACGCACAUCCGGGGAAGGGAUAGUGGGGACACGGUUAACGUGAUACAGUACUAAUAGCUCCACAGUACAUGGGCGUAAAUUAAGUAGGCAGAGUAUAAAGUGGACUGUUCACGAAACAACCAGACGCAUUCAUGGAUUUUGUCCAGCUAUGGGCGUUCCUCGUGGUCAUCUCGACCCUUACCGUCUGGGAAAUCCAUGCCAUAUCAAGACGACAGAAAAGGGACGAUUUGUUUUUUCGUCGCCUGGAAUCUUUAUCAAUCCGCGUUGAGAACAUCGAAGUGGACCUCCGCCGAGAACAGCGUAAAAGCGAAGCCUUACAAGCGGAAUUAAACGAACUUAAGAACAGAGUAACUACGAUCGAGGAGAAACCGAAAGGUCGUGGAGGGGUCGGAGAAUUGCCAGAUGCUGCCGUAAAGACACUGUCCGAUCUCGCGAGAAAAACGUUCCAGGUCGAUCUUGACGUGCUGAAAUCGGGCAUGAUAGCGGAAAAGCAGAGAGCCGUCCAAACAGACAAAGCUGUUGAAUUCUGUAAACUGUCUCUCAACAGGCAAUCCUCUCGUUUGGACAAUAUUGACCGAAACGUGAGUGAACUUGACGGUCGUCUGAGUAAUCUCAGUACAACCGUCAUGGCCGUGAACAAAAGCUGUAGUCAGUGCUCUACGCAUGCGUCAGGCAAAGGAAGCGAGACUAUAUCAGGAAAAUGCCCACUGUUUGAGCGCCUAGUAACAAGCAGGAAAACACUACGCAGCAUCGAUUUGGGACAACCGGUGUGUGAAAAGCAAAACUUCGUGUAUGCGUUCUAUGUUACUGUACAGAAGAUCAUGGAGCUACCGAACUCGGAAUCUCGGACAGCAGAGAUAACAAUUGGCACUGGGAUUAAAAUAGGUGAUCGACAGAUUCAUCGCAAUACUCGUGCCGUUGUAAGCUUAUCACGUGACUGUCCUUGGCCAGAUGUACAGAAAAGCAAGCACUACCUGAUUUUUACCGACCAAGCCCUGAAAGCACAUGGUCUAAGGCGAACUUUAUCUUUGAAGGACUCGGUUAUUUUGAAUUUUAACUAUGAAGGACCAUCCGUCAGCAAGGCUCUUCUGUUUAGGUACACCGAAGGUUUGCUCUAUCAUUUACGGGAGGGGAAUUGGAGGAUGUUGUGCAGAGGGCGAAAAUGAGCAGCUUGAGAUAAUGCGCAGUUGUGCAGGGGGCGAAAUGAACAGCGUGAGAUAAUGCGCAGUUGUGCAGGGGGCGGAAAUGAACAGCUUCAGAUAAUGCGCAAAUACGUUUAUUACACAUUGAACUUAUGAACAGUGUCUAGCUUUCCCCCUGGCUCUGCCCGGUUUCCUCCCAUCAUAAUGCUGGCCACCAUCGUAUAAGUAAAACAUUCUUGAGUCUAGUCAAAUGAAUAAAUAAAUUAUUCACGUAUUAUUUUUUUUUUUGGG